AUGGCGGCUGCCAUGAGCUACGUGCAUGCCGACGUGGAGAACCUCAAGGCGACGGAGCUGAGGCUCGGCCUGCCGGGCGUCGAGGAGAGCGACAAGAUGCCGUCGCCGCCGUCCACUCCCAGGGCCGGCACCAAGCGCGCGCUCGCCGGGGAGCACCGCGAGGAGGAGCCCAAGGCCGCGCCCCCGGCCGCCAAGGCGCAGGUGGUUGGGUGGCCGCCCGUGAGGUCCUACAGGAAGAGCUGCUUCCAGCAGGCGAGCAGCAAGGCCAAGGCGGCCGCACCGGCACCUGUGGUAGUGAAGCAGGAGGAGACGGCCGUUGCCGCGGCGCCGCCCGCCGCCGCUGCCGCGGGAGGAUCACUGUACGUGAAGGUGAGCAUGGACGGAGCCCCUUACCUGAGGAAGAUCGACCUCAAGAUGUACAAGGGCUACCGCGAGCUCAGGGAGGCCCUGGAGGCCAUGUUCCUCGGCUUCUCCGGCGACGCAGGCAGUGUGAACCCGUCGGACUUCGCCGUGACCUACGAGGACAAGGACGGCGACCUCAUGCUCGUUGGCGACGUGCCCUUCGGGAUGUUCAUGAGCACUUGCAAGAGGAUGAGGAUCAUGAAGGGAUCCGAAGCAAGAGGCCUAGGAUCAUCAAAGGAGUGA